AUGACGCAGAUCAUCGACGGCAAGGCCAUCGCUGCCGGCGUCCGCCGCGACGUCGCCGCCGAUGUGGCCGCGCUCUCCUCGGCCCAGACUCGUUCCGAGGCUGGCCGUGGCCAUCGUGGGGAGCCGGAAAGACUCGCAGACGUCCGUGAACACGAAGCGCAAGGCGUCUGCCGAGGUCGGCAUCUGCUCAUCGACGGCGACCUCCCUGAGAACAUCUCCAACCCCGCGCUCGUCGCCGAGGUUCAUCGCCUCAACGCUGACCCCGUCGUGCACGGAAGUCAAUUUCAUCUGCGGCAUCAGCUCCUUCCAUUUGUUCCUUACAAAAAUCCAUGGACAUUCAUGUACGAGUCCAGAUUGGGUUCUUUCCAAAUUCAAAAUUCUCCCCUGUAG